AUGGGCACCUCAUGUUGUAUGCAGGACAUGUGUAGAAGGACUAAGAAGUUGAAGCAGAGGUUUGAAAAAUUCUUUAAAUUUUGGAGUUUUAACAACAAGAAUAAAAAAGAUUUAUCACAUCCUAAUUUGUCUUCAGCAUUGAGACCAGUACCUCAUGGAGAUGACAGUCCUGUUCCGAUACCAAUUGACAUAGCAGAAGUUUUGCCAAAUGAUGAAUCAAGUUACGACGAUGUUGUUGAAACUGAUAAAGACAAUUUUUCGCUUAGCAAUUCAGAUUCUAGAGGAGCAUUUUCUCAGGCUAAAUUAAACGACCUUGUUCGAGAUUUGAAUUUAUCAAAAAUUUCAUCAGAGUUACUGGGAUCACGUUUAAAGGCAAAGAAUUAA